AUGUCUUGCCCAGUUCCUGCCGCCCCCGCACCCCCAGCCCUUAAGGACCUUCCCAAAGUGGCGGGCGACCUCAAGAGCGAACUGGAAGGAUUCAAAUCCAGCAGCCUGAAGAAUGCAGACACGCAAGAAAAAAUAGUGCUUCCCUCCGCCGAAGAUGUGGCGCAGGAGCGCUCGCACAACGCCCUCAUGGAAGGGGUAGAAAACUUCAAACCCUCCACCCUCAAACGCACAGAUACCAAAGAGAAGAUCGUGUUACCAAACGCCGAAGAUGUGGCGGCGGAGAAGACCGAAAGGGCUCUAAUUGAAGGCAUCGAACAUUUCGAUACCAGCAAAUUGAAACAUACCGAGACGCAAGAGAAAAACCCGUUACCAGAUAAAGAAGUCGUGCAACAAGAACGUACCCAUCAGACCCUUUUAAAUGGAGUGGAGCACUUCGAUAAAACAACCAUGAAACACACAGAGACUACAGAAAAGGUAGUCUUGCCAGACAAGGAAGUUGUGCAACAAGAAAAAACCCACCAAACGCUCUUGAACGGAGUGGAGCAUUUUGACAGAACCACCAUGAGGCACGCCGAGACAGAGGAAAAGGUGGUUUUGCCAGACAAAGAAGUAAUUGAGCAAGAAAAGGGCCAGAGGAAUCUCAUCUCGGGGAUCGAAAACUUCGACAGUACCAAACUGAAACACGCCGAGACACAGGAGAAGAACCCACUGCCAACCAAGGAAAUCAUCGAUCAGGAGAAGAGCGCCUAAAAAUUCUUCUCUCUCGGGCUCAAUCGAUUGCCAAUUUUGUAUUAUUUUAUACUUUUAUAUGAUAUUUGAUAUAACUAUUUAUAUUGUAAGAUACCCAUCUGAAAACCUACGUUUAUCAUACCAAGACUAGCUUUUAUUUCUCUAAUUUGGAAACUAUGUAAUCAUUUGUACUUAUUUUGUCUGACAGUUAUCUUUAGUGUUUAAAUAAUUUAAUUUGCAUGAAUUAUAUGGUGCUUCAAUAAAUUAUAAAAAUUGUACCAUCA